UUAUUUAAGGUGAGAAGGAAUACUCGCACUCAGUGGUAUAGCUGGCAGUUAGCACAUCCUCGCUGGCCAGGGCUGGUUGCAGCCCCGGUGCAGGUGGGGAGGCUGCGGGCGCGGGGAGCCUCCAUCCAGCUGCGUUUCCCACCGGCAGCGCGGCGCUAGGGCAGAUCUCAGCGCUGACUAGGAUGCGCUUUUACCAGCUGCAGACACGUUUACUCUGCUAAUCCAUCUUUCCAGCUGCUGGAUUCGCUGCGUGCGUGUCCCGCGGCUGCGCUCCCGAGCGCCACCGGUGACGCAAAGCGGCUCCACGACACGGAGGUGCGGGGCGGGAGCGCCCGGCGUCACGGGCUGAGCGGGGCACCGGGGCGGGAGGCAGCCCGCGCUUCUUCCAGGACUGCCUACGCGGGGGGUAUGGUAUAAAACCUCUGUAUGCCUCUUAGAAAAGCAUCUGGAAGAGGGGGAGAAUGGCAUCGCUGUUUUGGGGCGACACCUGCCUGUGAUCUUUACGCUGCCCUUCCUGGCACACUCGAGUCAAACCUUGCAAAGAUUUCCCAAUACUGUGUCCUUCCUCAUUGGACAGGUACAGUCAAAACCAGUUCAAUGCAGGCUUUGGGAUUUUUUCAGCGCAUUCACGGAGUAUACGUGCUCUAAAUGCCUACAAUACAGAGGAAUCCAGCUAUUUCUAAUGGGAUGCAUUUGCAUAGAAGAAGAAUUCCUCAUUUAAGAUGGGUAAUAAGCAAACGAUAUUUACUGAUGAACAGCUAGAUGCCUACCAGUGGGUGGAGGGAAGGUCUUGUCUAAGUUCACUUCUUCUGAGGGAUUGCACGUUCUUCACUCGGAAAGAAAUCCUUCGGUUGCAUGGCCGAUACUAUGAAAUGGCACCAAACGUUGUGCCCAUGGACUAUACAAAGGACCCAGAUGUUAAACUACCUAUGCAGCUUAUAAUAAACAUGCCUGAGCUAAAGGAGAAUCCCUUCAGGGAACAGAUUGUGGGAUCUUUCUCAGAAGAUGGAGAGGGGAGCCUCAGCUUCAAUGAUUUUGUGGAUAUGUUUUCUGUGCUCAGUGAAAUGGCUCCCAGAGAGCUUAAAGCAAUCUAUGCCUUUAAGAUUUACGAUUUUAACACAGAUAACUUCAUUUGUAAAGCAGACUUGGAAAAAACCCUCAAUAAGCUGACUCGAGAAGAGCUAACAGCAGAAGAAAUCACUCUAGUUUGCGAGAAAGUAAUAGAAGAAGCUGACAUGGAUGGCGAUGGGAAACUAGGAUUUGCAGAUUUUGAAAACAUGAUUUCCAAAGCACCAGACUUUCUCAGUACUUUCCACAUAAGAAUCUGAAGAUGUUUCUGUGAGCCAGUGUUAUCAGAAAUGACUUGCGAGUCCAGCCUUUCUGAAUCUCAGGCACUUUGGGGGCUUUUGUCCUCUAAUGAUGGCUUCUUAGAACUCAGCGGAAAGUACUGAAAUAAUUCUGGUCCACAAAAAGACAGAAGCAUCAUGUGAUCUACAGGAUAUUUGGAACUGUCACAUUUUUAUCUUCAUUGCUGGCCAAGCACUUUGGCAAAGAUGUCUGGUUGUUGGGCUGUGGUUUUUCUUUUUUUUUUGUUUUUUUCCCUCUUUUUUUAAACAGGCAGAAUCAGAAUAUUAUUAAAGGUAUUUCCACAUAGUUUUUAUAUUUAUGAAUAUUUAAUACUGCUCUUAAAAGUGCAAAAAACAACAAAAAAAGAAAAGAUUGACAGAAAGAUUAGCUUUGGUGACUUUACCAAGAGUAUUUGAAAGAAAGCAUGGGCCUUAAAUAAUGAGAUGCCUCUAUCACUGUGUUGUACAGCUGGGGAUCUUGCAUGGAAAUUAUUUUAAAUGAAAGAACUGCAGUCAAGAUCAAGUUCCCAGUGUUGAAGACAACCACAUCCCGGGUUUGCCUUUCAGUCACUGAAAUGGCAGUUACUGGGUUUGGUGCUUACCUUCAACCAAUAUUUUAUGGAUUGUCGUGUCCUUAUGAAACUUGAAAUAUUUGCCUUUUGUAUAUGAUAACUGCAUACGUGAUUUAUUUCUUCCCAAGAUAAACAUUAAGACUCUGUCCUUAUUCUCAAUGGGGGUCCUGCAUUUUACUUAGUCUAUGGGCUGAUAAUGUUGAAUGGAAGAAUAUGUUCAUCUGUAACUCAUGAAGAAGUUAAAGCACAGAAGUACUACUAAGGACAUGAAAAGACAUUUUUUUUCUAAACCAGCUAUGCAAUCUUUCCCAUAAAAUGCAUGAAUGCAGCUCUAUAUUUCUCUUCCCUCUCCAGCUGGAAAUCAGCUAUAUUUUUUUUUUUUUUUUUUUUUUUAAUUCCAGUAUGGUUUAGGUACUGGGGCCUCGAGACAAUCAUAUAUGUAUUACUGUUCUAACAGUCAAUAGAAGGGCUCUGUCACUUACAUGGCUUCUGUAUCAAAGUCAUCACAAUUAAAACUUUUGACGCA